AUGCUGGCUGGGAGCAGGAGCUCUACCACCCUCCAUCCGAGAUUCUUUGGGCACCCUGGCUACUGCACCUCCAGCCCACUGCACCCUUCAAGGAGACCCUCCGCUUCCCCCAAGACCGACUUCCCAUGGAGCACUCUCUCCGCGCGCGCACACACACACACUCCCACACACGCAAACAGCCGGGCCCACCUCGCCAUGGCCAGGACCCCCAGGGCGCUGGACGCGAUGGCCAGGGUGGGCGUGCCAUGCCGCGACUUGCGCGCAAAGGCGGCGGGGAGGAAGCCGCGCUCCGCCAUGCCAUGCAGGAGGUAG